AUGGCGGCCGAACCAGCAACCCUGCCCGAGGGCAUCUUCUCCCUCUUGGACACGGACCUGUACAAGUUGACUAUGCAAUGUUGCAUAUUGAAGUUCUUCCCUGAUGUCGCAGUCACAUAUGGUUUCACCAACCGCACGCCAGACAAGAAACUCAGCCGUGCAGCCUUCAAGUGGCUGCAGGCCCAAGUAGAUAAACUCGAGAAUGUGUCCGUUUCCGACGAAGAGCUCAAAUUUUUGAAAGAUAGCUGUCCCUACCUAAACGCGCAAUACCUGCACUUUCUCUCUACCUUUCGCCUCAAGCCCUCGAAACAGCUUAGACUAUCCUUUACCCCCGUGAAUGACACAGGAUCAGACAGUGAUCGCGGCGAUUUUCACAUACACACCGAGGGUCUAUGGCUCGAUACGAUCCUGUACGAGAUUCCGCUAUUGGCGCUUGUGAGCGAGGCAUACUUCAAGUUUGUCGAAACAGACUGGAACCACGAGGGCCAAGUCGAGAAGGCAUACCAGAAGGGGAAGGCGCUACUAGAAGGAGGCUGCAUCUUUUCAGAGUUUGGCUCGAGGAGGCGGCGAGAUUACCAUACCCAAGACUUGGUACUGCAGGGUUUGCGCCGGGCAGCUGAUGAGGGUGCCAAAUUAGGGUGGAAGGGAAAACUGUCGGGGACCAGCAAUGUCCACUUUGCCAUGAAACACGGGCUCGUCCCCGUCGGCACUGUUGCGCACGAGUGGUUCAUGGGCGUGGCGGCCAUCACAAACAACUACGAAAAUGCAAACGAGAUUGCUCUUGAGUAUUGGACUGCCACUUUCGGGGCUGGUGUAUUGAGCAUUGCGCUCACAGACACGUUUGGUACACCAGCGUUCCUGAGGGCCUUCAAGAAGCACAUUCCUCGCAUUACAACGGCUGUGCCUGGAGGCAGCACAACAUUGGCGUCAUCAGCGAACACAACAAUAAGCGAUGCGGUGGAAACCUUGGCUUCGACAAACCCACCUAUCCAGGCACCAAAAGAUGGAGAUGCGGCCUCGGAGAAGACGUUUGCUCAAGUGUUCAACGGUGUGCGCCAAGACUCUGGCGAUCCUCUUGAAUUCAUCAAGCUGAUGCGUGAAUUUUACGACAAAGAGGGUAUCAAAGACAAGAAGACGAUUGUCUUUUCCGACUCUCUCAACCUCGAACUCUGCUUCAAGUACAAGGCCGCAGCAGAGGAGCAAGGAUUCCAGCCAACUUUUGGCGUAGGCACAUUCUUGACGAAUGAUUUUGUCGAAACAUCUACGGGCAAGAAGUCUGUACCCCUAAAUAUUGUUAUCAAGAUUGCCUCUGCACAGGGCCGGCAUGCUGUGAAGAUUAGCGACAAUAUCGGUAAGAAUACGGGAGAUCAGGCAACGGUGGAUGAGGUCAAGCGGCGUCUUGGAUACCAAGAGAAGUCGUGGGUGGGCGGUGAUGAGCGGACACGAUGGGGGAGUGCGAAGUAG